AUGAAAGAUCUCGAGUCAUGCAGACAGUUGUUUACCUUUUCGUUGGAAGUAACAGCAGUGGAUGCUAGUGAGAAUUAUGUGGUCGCAGGAGGGAGUGAUUUCACUGUGAAGAAGAUAAAUUUGAAAACACAUGAGCAGUACGAUAGGGUGGAUACCAAUGGAGAGAUUCUUUGCGUGGCAAUCGAUCCCAGUGAACAAGUCUAUGCGGUAGCCUGCUGUGAUGGCACUGUUAGCAUCUACAACUUGCUUGAUAAUGAGAAACUCUCGACGCAUGAGCAUAUGUUUUCAGCUUUUGGCGAUCUGAAUGUUGAAUCUGCUCGUCAUGCAAUGUCAUGGUCCAAAGAUGGAAGCGAACUAUACGUGCCAUCUCAAGGAAGCGUGAAAGUCAUCAAGCGCGAUGGCUGGACACUGGGGACUGAUAGUUUCAAAGGCGAUGCAACGGCCACGGUCCGAAUUUUUUUUGUUUUCGACAAAACAUCCUUGCAAUCAUUUCAUCGUUUUCUUUAG